AUGCGUGCGUGCUACGAGGUGGUCGAGCGCAUGGGCAGGGGCGCCGUCUACCUAGGCUCCGCGCGCGUCCCCGAGGACCACCCGCACUUUCAGCACGCGAAGGAGCUCGCCAGGGAUGUGGCGUUGGCGCACGACUGCACGACGUGGUCAGGCCUGGGAGCGGGUAUGAUGGAGGCUGUGACGCAGGGCGGCAUGGCGGCGGGCAAGCCCGUGGCGGGGUUCAUGAUCCUCCUGGAGGCCGGCGGGCAGCGGCAGGCCAGUCGCAAGCAUCCCUACCUCCCCGACGAGAACUACCUGACCACGUCGUUCUUCUCGGCGAGGAAGCACGGUCUCGUGGACGCGGGCGUGAGGAACACGCCGGACGAUCGCACGGCGUUCUUCGCGCUCCCGGGGGGCGUGGGCACCCUGGACGAGAUAUUCGAGGUGCUCGCGCUGCUGCAGCUCAGACGCAUCGGCAGCGCGCACCCGGUGCCGUUCGUGGUGAUGAACUACGACGGGUGCUACGACGGCCUGUUGCAAUUCUUGGAGCGCGACAUGGUUCGGUACGGAAGCCUGAGGGAACACGAGCUGGAGCCGCACUGGCGCGCGUGUCGCACCAACGAGGAGGCGCUCGCGUACCUUCACGAGUUCUACUCGGCGCAACGAACGUGAUGA